CGCGGCGCCGUCGCCCCUGCGUCGGCGUGUCCUGCGGCGUCUGCCCGGUCUUCCGAUCCAGAUCUGCGCGCGUUCCGUGAGCCAUGACUACCAGGGCUGUGUGCGUGCUGAAGGGCGACGGCCCGGUGCAGGGCAUCAUCCGCUUCGAGCAGGAGGGCACUGGUCUCGUCAAGGUCUCUGGGACCAUCAAGGGGCUGACCAAAGGCGAGCAUGGGUUCCACGUCCACGAGUUUGGAGACAACACCCUAGGCUGUACCAGUGCAGGUCCUCACUUUAACCCUCUAGGCAAAACCCACGGCGGACCCCAGGAUGAAGAGAGGCACGUCGGGGACCUGGGCAACGUGACUGCGGAGGAAAACGGGGUGGCCGAGGUGUCUCUGGAAGACUCCCUCAUCUCCCUCUCAGGGCCCCAUUCCAUCAUCGGCCGCACGAUGGUGGUCCACGAAAAGCGGGACGACCUGGGCAGAGGUGGGAACGACGAGAGCAAGAAGACGGGCAACGCCGGCAGCCGCCUGGCCUGCGGGGUGAUCGGGAUCGCGCAGUGACCGUCCCCCCCCAGGCCGAGUCCCGGCGGCCCUGCCGUCUCACCAGCUGUAGGCACUUGAUAACCAUUAAACUCUGUAGCCCUCA